GGCUACUAAAGAGACAGACGCGUGCUAGAAAAGAAGGCACCAAGAUCAGGCGAUAGGUGCGGUGCCAGCGGCCAUCUCCGUAGCUCAGCCAUGAUGGAUGGCUGGGUGUUGUUGGCGGGGUUGUUGCCGAAGACAGAAGGUGUACACGAGCGCGAUAAGGCUAAUGGUGGGGUCGUUCGGCUGGAAUCUCAACACCAGACUGACAUCGUGACAUUUUUCUCCGCCUAUCGUACAAGCAUCUUGGAUCUUUCGAACGAAAGCCUACACAUUAAAAACGUGCAACAAUCGAAGCGGAGAGCAGAACGAACCGAGAUAAGCUCCUCAGCAUCUUCUUCUAUAGAGAUGGCUUUACAGCGAUGGCUAAAUGGGUUGCUUUAUUGCGCGUUGCUCCAGCUUAGAAGACUUUUGUUGCGGUCGACAAGGUUGGAUGUCCGUAUAUUCUCGCAUGGUGUAGCAUGUCUCGAGAAUGCUUUCAUGAAACUUGAUAUGGGUAAUCUGUCUCGCUCACAUCGUAUCCUCAAGAAUGCUCUGGAGAGAUGUUGGAAGCACAAUAAUAUAUUGGGUAAUCGUUACCCCUGUAAUCACAUCCAGAAUGCACCGGACCUCUUGACACAAGUCGAGCUCGUUCAUCAAUGUUGAGAUAGGGAAUGAAGAAGGAAAGAAGUGGAUUGCCUCCUACUUUGUUGUUAGUUGCAUUGGAUACCUAGGCAGGUACAUCCAGCAGUACCUAGUUAGUACAAGGCAACGGAGUGAACACACAUGUUUCAGUGAGAGCGAACGCUUCCGGUCAUACUAUGUGGAUCCGAGAACGUUG